AUGGAGGACGAUUCUCCAGUAAUUUACGGUUUAGAGUUAAAUGUAAGUUAUUGACUUUCUCUUUCAUUUUUAUCAAGUUUCCCCUCCAGUGUUUUAAAAUUUAAACCAGACAGCCUUCUUUUAUUACUUCAUACCACACAUUCAGAUGCCUAAGCGCAUGACUGUCACUGUGUCAGGAUCGAAUUAGCCUCCCACCGAGGCGUUUUUAGGGGGGCUCGUUUUUCAUCCCUCCCUCACCUGUGGGGAGGGACGAAAAACAAGCUCCCCUAAAAACGCCUGCGUGGGAGGCUAGGAUCGAAUUCCAGUUUGCUAAAAUUGAUAUUGUAGUGAUAUUUGGCAUAAAUACCACCAGUAAUAUUUCGAGAAAUUGUUAUACGUAAUUUCACGAGCUGUUAGGCGAGUGAAAUUUGAGACAAUUUUGAAAUAUCACGAGUGGUAUUUAUGCCAAAUAUCACGUACAGAUCAUGCUAUUAUUUGUUUGUACUACUACCCACAAAGGUUUUGUAAUUUUCACAUGUAGGUACAGUAUUUCAAAUUAAGCUGAAAUACCUCUGCUCUAAGCCAAUCAAAUCACAGAAAUUUCUCAUGUAGUAGUAUAACGACAAAAAUUAAAUAUGCUUAUAAGCUUAAGAGUUUCGUUUAACAUUAAAAAAUCAAAUUGGAUAAAAAAAUACCAUAAAAGACUUAAAAAGUCACCCUUAUGGCCUGCAGUGCAGGCGUUUUCUUCAGGCGCAUGAAUGUUUUGCUUGCGAAAGUGCAUGUUGAAACUCAAAAAGGGGGGAGAAAAUGGGGCGAGUCAAAAGAAGCGGGCCUCCCCUCUUUCCUUCUUUCACCCUAGCACCUACCCUUAGGGUUACGGUUUUUACUCUCCCUAGUCUUCAUCCAUCAUAACAAAGAUGGCAGUUACAACAGUACAAACAUAAACAAGCAGUUUUCGCCCUCCAAAAAUACGCUUGCACUGUAGGCACCCUUAUAAAUUCAACUCAAGUACCCUUGUAAUAAUGAUGCACUAUUAUGUGUUGACUUAUAGGCUCGAGCUCUAGUCCCCCAGCAUGCAGAGACAGAUGUGAUUAGGUUUAUUGUUGGCACACAAUCUCUUAAAUUUGAUAACCAGGUGAGAAAUGAAAAAAAAAUGGUUGCUGUUAUCUUUCACUAACCUGAGCUACACAUUGAUCUUUGUAAUGACAUGAUUUUUUUUAUUUGAAUAUUUUCAGAUUCACUUGAUAGACUUUGAUGAUGAAAGCAAUGUUAUAAAUAAAAAUGUUUUCAUGCAUUCUGCAGGAGAAAUAUGGUGAGGACUCACUUUAGUUUGGUAUGAUCGUAGGGAGUCAAAGCUCACAAUUAUAGCCGCCUUGAAGCGAAAUUAUAAGGAUUUGUAUGUGAAUUUAUCAUAUGUUUCAUAAAAGGGUUAAAAUGCUCAUAAAGGGUCAUGAAAAUGUAUAUGUUACUGGUCAAAAACAAAUUCAAGCUGAAAUUGUUUAACCUGGAUUGUUUCUCAAUUUCUUUUGUCCUCUAACCCUAAUUCAUGAAUGAUUAUGGCUAGGACACAAAGGAAAUUGAGAAUCCACUUAGGUUAAAAAAUUUCAAGCUGAGUUCAUUUUUGACCUGUAAUAUGUACCUCAUAAAGAGAUGUCUCUGAUCUGUGUUGUUUUCUUUGUGUGCAUUAGAUCAUAUAUUUGAAUGCUAUUUUGCGCCUAAUAAAUAAAUUAUUAUUAUUAUUAUUAUUAUUAUUAUUAUAAUACUGUUUCCUGCCCUAAAAGCCAGAACAUCAAAACACACACACAUUAGUGCACUAUGACUUCUAUUUACUGUACAUAAUUUACAACAAUCUUGAUAGUCCACAAUUUGUAAUCAGCUCAUGUCUCAUAUAAAGCUAAAUUUUUAUGCAUUUAUCACUUCAUUAUAAUAAUGUGAAAACAUGUUGAAGUUGACAGUAAAAGAGUAGACAGUGCUAAGGUUUUUUAUUCUGUCACUAUAUAUGUAGGUCCAUGAACACAAGUCCAAUUGACAAAAGUAUCCUGGCAACUUGUUAUAACAGAGGUAGGCCCUUGAUUAGCUUUUCCCCAAAGAAAUUGAAGGUAUAUGAAAUCUCCUUGGGAAAGAAAGUUUGGGUAGUUGUAUGCCAUUGAAGCUUUCAAACCCUGACACUGUUCAAGACAAAAAUUCUUCAUUUUGCCAUCCUGUUGAAGACAAGAGGCCUUAUUUUAUGACCCUAACUUGUUUCAUACAUACAAAAUUAGGAAAUUAUUCAAACUAACAUCACAGAAUUGAAAAAUUAAAAAUUGGUGGUAUCACAAAAUGUAGACCAAUAAUCAAUUGCUGGUUUUCAGUGUCACGUCAUUCAAAAUAGAUCAAAAUAAAAGUCAAAACCAUUCAAUAGAUAAAUUCCGGAAUCUGGGAAAUAAAGGGAGGUAACUGAAUAUACAAAGCCCCUCGCCAAGAUUCAGGCCAGAAGAAUAUUAAUUUUCGUAUAUGAGAUAUCCAAAAAAAUGUUUUACCCAAAUUUAUGGAGAUUUGUAUGGAGACGCCAUGCUGGUGUCCACCUGGAUGAGCACCAACAUGGCGGACGGAAACCAACAAAAACAUCUGUUACUGAGUUUUGGCACAAAAGCAUGAAUUUAUUCCUCAAGGAACUCAUAAACAUGAAAGUAAUACUUUUUCUAAUUACAUGAACUGUUUAGAUAGCAAAAUUCCCCAAAAUACGUCACUUUUUUAACCUACAAGACAGCUCUCUCAGCCUUCAUGUAAAUGUCACGUCAUGCAGUAGCUUGGAAAUUCAAGCGUACUCUAUCACAAAACCAAGAACCCUUUUGAAACAAACAUUGGUAUGAAAAUUGGUCUUCAGCUGCUCAAACACUUCAUGAAAGUAAAAUCUCAGUAAAACUGAUGGUUUUGUAGUUUGAACUUUAGUGAUGUCAUGUGAAAACCAACAAUGAGGGAAUCACAUAAACACAAGUAAUAAUGGGGAAAUUAGACAUCCACCCUUUUUUAUAUCCCCACCUGGACGAUUCACUAGGAGCAUUUCACAUUUUCUUAGUGGUCUUCUUGUCUAUUGCUUGACCCAGUGUCUGAUUCUAAGGCUGAAAUACAAGGAGCUCUUUGGAGAAUUCCCCCUGUUGAUGACACUGAGCCCCCUGGUCUGGAUUCCCCUGGGAUUGUACCUGGUAGCUCAGGGCAUUCAAGAUCUCUUCAACUCAUUUGUACAUUUGAUAACAAGCAGGAAAACAUGAGAAGGUCAGAGUGUGUUCAUUACUUUGUAAUAAAGCCUAUAGUAUGAACACUACUUCAGGGCUCAAAAUAAUUCUUAGAAGGUGGCCUGACACAUUGACUGGCCAAAGAUAAUCUAUGCUAAACAAGUUCACUAAUAACAGUCUGUAAUCUCAAAACUGUCAUUUACUUGCUCUAUUUAACAAGUGGCUUAAUGAAAGGAUAAUCAUGUUAUAAAGGAAAUAAAGGGAGAUGUAAAGAAUCAACCAUAAGAGGACACAGAAAAAAUCUGAGCCCCAGAUGGGAUUCGAACCCAUGACCCUCCGUGUUCUAGAUCAGAUGCUCAGUGGCAUAGGUUGGUUGGUUGGAGGCUCCUUCAUGGGUGAGAUUUCUUGCUAUUAAUGUGACUGUGUGAUACAGUUAAGCCUUAACAAUGUGUUGCUCGUGACGGACUGUGUGACUGUGUGAUGCGGUUCAAAAGUCCAACCCACAAAAAUGACCCUUGCUCGCCAAUGAGUCCCCAGUAGCCCAGAGGUUAGAGCAUCCGAUCUAGAACAUCUGGAGGGUCUUGUUACUCUUGGGUGAUCCAAUAAGAUGUCAAAUCCCAUCUGGGGCUCACCUGGGACUUUUUUCUGUGUCCUCAAUUUAUGGUUGAUUCUGUCAAACAUCUCCCUUUAUUUCCUUUAUAAUGUUAAUAUCAAAGUGGCAUAAAAUGGGGUUGAUAAUCAUAUUGCUGUGAUAUCAAUUGCCAUCAUUACUUUGAUAGUAUUGGAAUAACUCGAACUAAAUAGCAACCGAGGCCCAGGAAUGGUAUUUAGCAAAACAAGAUCACUGCAUUGACUGCCAAAGUAACAUGCUUCCCAACCAUGACUCACUUAGUGUUUCCUCCAUAGUGUCAACAUGAUCAGCAAAUGAAUUUUUGGGCCGGCCAAUCUGACAUUGUCCAUUGAACAGCGUUUAUUUUGAGCCCUGCUACUUAGUAAACCCCUUUCACCACUGAUAGGCAGCUUCACUGUGUUUACUGUAAGUACAACAGAUAUUCAUGAGUUAAAUAUAGGCCACUUCAUGAGCACGUUUGCAAAUCAAUGUAAAUUCUUGUAUUACUCAAACAUACAGGCUCAGCCUUAGCAUAUUUGGUCCAAGCAGCACUUUGAUGAUUUGCUCAACCGUCCCAAAUUUUAACCUACUAGUUAAUCAAAAUGCUGUUUGUCAUUAUGGUCAAGUUAAAAAAAAAUCCAAAUGUUUCUCGUCUCUAUUUCUAUAGAAAAGAAAGUAUGCAGGAGCUUUUUUAUUAGUAGCAAUUGAAAGUUUUCUUUACAAAUUAUAACCCUCCUCCAGGGAUAGCUAGGGGUUCUUCAGUUUAAUACUGAUAAAUGAAACAUCAGAUAUUGAUUAAACACAAAUUUGUUUUUUAUAUACAUGAUGUGAUGCAUCAUACGAUAUAUCUCAAAAGGAAGGGUGCAUUUAAAGGUCACAUAAAAAACGGUUUAUCUUUUAAUGUCUUUGUAUUUUUCUUGCACCUUUGGUGCUACAUACGUUUGCAGAAGCACCAUCCAACUUUGAGGAAAAAUGAACACUGCACACUACAUCCCUGUUUCUUGAGCGUUUACUCUUUUGAAAGCAUUGGUCUUGCAAAAAAGGAAAUUAGUGGUGAAUAGGCCAGCCUCCUUAUGCUCAUUCAAGACCUGUAUGUAUUUUCAGUGUGUUGUGGAACCCAUCUGGGGAUGGCAGUCAAGUUGUGACGGUUUGUGAGCAGCAUCUGGAAUUAUGGGACCUUGAUAGAACUGCAUCAACAGCAGAGGUGUGUCUUCAUUUAACUUAAGAACUGCCUUUGUUCACUGUUCAGUGUGACUAUUUUUAUCAUUCCUUAAACGUCUCUCGUUCAUUGGCUGUAUUCCAUUUAUCGUAUUUGCAAUCCAGGACCGCGCAAAGAAUUUUAAGGUUAAAAUUAACCUAAAACAAAUUUAUUUACAACAAUUACAUCACUUCACAAUUCUGACACACUAUUGUCAUAUGGUUUGCAAUGCAUUCCUCUGGAAAGCAGCGGUAUAUUCAGCCGUAACCGCAGACGCAAGAAACAAGCACAAACAUGUGCAAACAAGCUUGUUUAAUUCUUACCUUCCCUUAUUGAUAAAUUGAUAACGUAAUGCGAUAGUAAAUCAAACAGCCGGUAUCAUCACAUACUCUUGAGUGCGGUCACUUGAUUAACGAAAAAGUUUGUCAUUUAGACAAUCUAACAGACUUUUAAUGCCCCAUACACACCAACUAAACAUGUUUAAAUGAACAAAGUUUAAAAAAACCGAAAAGCAGACUGACAGACCAAAACUGGAACACAGGUUUUUUCACCGGAUUCAAAUGAAAUUCAGCUUGUUUUGUAAUUUGCAUUAAAUUUGCGAUCAACUUAAGUCAGUAAGCAACUUUUAUGAAGGAAACAAUUUGAAACCAUGUUCAACUAAAGUUUUAAACCUGUUAAGCUUUAGUGUGAGUGGGGCUUACAAUUAAGUGAAGAAAUAGAAAAUUGUUUUGUCAAAGUCAGUAAAGUCAAAAGGAAAGUUUGUUGACAAAACUAUAGUAUCGAAAACCAUAAAGAGAAGCACGUCGCUCAUUUUUUUCCAAAUAUACCCUUCCGCGUGUGAGCGCAACUCUCUUUCGCGUGUCGCGUCACCUUGAGCCGCGAGAGGAAAUCUCCACGCUCGCUCACUCAGCCUUCUCUCAGAAAAGCAAGUGACUUAUCUUAGUGUAUUGUUUUCACUGCAAAGUCUAUUGACUCAGCUCGACUAGAAGGAAAAGGACAACCGAAGUUCACCACAGGUCGAUGGAACCCACAUCAUAGCGGAUCACAGAUCGCCACAGCUAAUGACAUGACAAUCCGCGGGUGGGAUGUCAGAACUAUGAGGUCAGUGAUUUCUGGAAAUUUAACGCUUGCUUUCCCGGUUUUUUUUGUCUGUGUUGUUUGUUUUAAAUUGCCUUCUUUUUUCGUUUGUUUUGUUUCUUGUUUAUUUUGCCACGCAAAAGGGAUAAAAGCUUUGGAAUAGAGUACUUAACUAAAGAGGCAAUAGUCUAAAAAAUGAGUUAAACAGCUUGAAUUUCUUGAUUUAAAUGCACCCAGGAGCACACUCUUAGUUUACCCCGUGGUAUGCCACACCCGAGAAGAGGAAAAAAUGGAUAUACAUUUAGGCAUGAUAGGGUGGAAGGGGGGCAAAAAACGCGAACUUCCUCUCUCCCUUUGUCCCUAUACGUUUUUUGAGCAGCGCUUUUUGAUCUAAGAAUCAAUCCCACCAUUUGAUUUUAGCGCUAUCGAACGCUUUAGCCCUUACUCUUUAUUAACCGGCUCUUGCCCUUUCACCGUAUACUCGCACAGAAACGCUUCUUGUGUAGUCUUGACCGAAUAUAGGAGAUGAAGAUCAAGGGUUCUUUUAAAAAGAACAAUAAUAAUUGUUAUACUACUGCCUCAGAUCUGUAUACACCAUUGAGAAUGCACACAAUCAGCUGGUGCGGGAUUUAGACUUUAACCCAAACAAGCAGUACAUACUGGUCAGCUGUGGUGAUGACUGUAAAGUACGUUUCUGGGACACAAGAAACUCUACCUCUCCCCUGAUGGUACUACAAGAUCACUCACACUGGUAAACCAGCUUUUCUCUUUAGCUAGUCAAACUAAUUCGUCAAGUAUAGGGCUGUCAGUGGUCGUUUGCUGCUGAAAAUGCUGAUGUUUUGGUAUCAGAUGAUUCAGAUUAUUGUAUCGCACAAUAUUUUAUGGAUCUUCCAAAGGCCCAUAAACACAGCCCAAUAGGCCCUUUGCAGUUGGGGUCACGUGAUCGAAUCUUUCCUUAAAAAAUCUAUAUUAUGGACUAUAACUUAAAGAAUGCCAGAGAUGGAAAGAGCAUAUCGAAAAUACCAAAAUGGCCAAGUUUGGGCCCCUGGGAUUACAGAGUACUGUUUAUGCAGCAGUUUGAACUUUCGGAAAAUUAAGAGGAUUUGUAUGGAAAAUGUUGCUGGAGAGCAAGGCUUUGCUCUCCAAAUUUUUUUUCCAUACAAAUCUUUUUAUUUUUUUAAAAAUUUAGACUGUCAUGCAUAAAAUCUCUUUCUUGAAUGAUGGGGGCCUCAAACUUGGCCAUUUUGAUAUUUUCGACAUGCUUUUUCCAUUUCUGAAAUUUGCUGAGUUAUGGCCCAUAAUUUUAAGAAAAGUAGGUCACAUGAUGGCUUAGCUGCAAAGGGCCUAUAAUUGCUGCGUGCGACACUGUAUUCAAACACGUACGGUAAAUAAUCUAACCAAACGCCCUCUCUCAAAUAAAGCCUCUUGGCUAAUAAACGCCCUCCCUACACUUAAAAGUUUGCACACGUUACACACCUCCUGUUUAACAGAAGUUUCUCAUAACAUAGUUAUUGCUCAAAAGAAAAUUCAAUUUGUUCUGCUUCUUGCUUGAUUAAUUAGAAAUCUCGCAUUACAAAGUAAGGAUUCUGACAUCGAAGUUGAGCUUUAAAAAGCCAUAUGGAUCUCUCAAACGCCCAAGAGGUAUCAAUGGAUGGACUGGAUUGUCUGCUGUUUAUAAACUGUGGGGAUAUAUUCACCGAAAGCAUAUUAGUUUUCUGGAGUUUGUUGCAGUUUUGGGAAUAAACGUCUCGUAUGGCAUCUUACGCCUCCCAUCUAUUAAACGCACCGGGCGUCAGUUAGAUCAUUUACGGUAGGCAGUAGUAAAAUUUUCCUCUUCUACCACAAUAAUGCACACCUAAACAUUUCGCAUCAUUUUCAUUUCAGGGUGUGGAGUGUGCGGUAUAAUCAUUUCCAUGAUCAGCUGGUUUUGACAUCGAGUAGCGACAGUCGAGUGAUUCUCAAUAACAUUGUGUCUCUGUCUUCAGAACCUUUUGGUCAUCUGGAUGAUGAAGAUGAAGAAGACGGUGCACAAGACAAAGGGUCAGUUGAAAAAUCCCGCUAUCAUGGGUAGUAGAUUUAGGGGCUGUUUACAUGGAGGUGGGGGACUCCAGGUGGGUGGGGUAAACCGCCUGUCCAUAAAAUCUCUCAUUUUAAUAUGAUCACUUUUACCUAAUAGGUGGGGUCACCCGCCGCGUGUUACCUCACCUAUCUGAGGUCCCACACCUCCGUGUAAACAGGCCCUUAGAAAUAAUCCUGGGGUGUCGGGAUUCAUUCGUCGGUGGUCCGACCAAAGAAGAGGUAAUCCAUUAAAAACGUUUGACCUCAAGCUCCCUAACUUUGUUUGCAUUGUGCAUGGAUCGCUAGAAUGAUGCUGACCAUGUAUUUUCAAAAAUGAGAGGGAGAAAGGCCAUUUGAAGGAUGGCGUCUUUUUACUACUAAGACCAGAAUUCAUUUCGUUUUCUGUUCUUUCAUAUUUGAAUUUGGUAAUCGCAGUGAGGAUAAAAUAACAAAAGCCCUAAUUUGCACGAAAAAAGCAAAACCCUGAAGGAUUCUCACUGGUAAUAAUAGUAGUAUGACGUCAUCUUCCUGUAAACCGCGCCAUAAGAAAAUAAUCGAUACGAGACUUAAUUAAGCGUUUUUCUGUAUUUUCUCCUUCAGGUCCCGCGAGCCCACAAAAGACGGAGUCAUAGCAACGUUUGAUGAACACGAGGACAGCGUGUAUGCUGUGGAAUGGUCUACCGCUGACCCCUGGGUGUUCGCCUCGCUGUCAUAUGAUGGUCGACUGGUUAUAAAUAGAGUGCCCAGAGCGGAGAAGUAUAAGAUACUUCUUUAGCUAAAAUCAUGGGCAACAAUGUUAUCAUAUGAACUUUCUGUGACACAAAACAAGUUUUGUAGAAUGAAACUCCCUUCAUAAAGAGAUGAAGAAAGAGAGGGGGGUGAGAGACAGCCAAACAGGGGGCGGAAAAGAUGCUCGUAAGUUUUUCCCUUUCCAGGCCCCACACAUCUCGUUUAAAAGCUUUCCGAGGAGGUCACAGGCAGGAUUUGUUUGGUUAUCAGUGGUUCUUUUGUUUUCUUUGAAAACGAGAGGAGAUGUAGUGGCAAACAUCAGGCUGAGUUUGAGAGUGUUGACUUGAACAUCUAUCUACUGAACUAACAAGAGCGGUGGCCUAAGUUCAAGACAGGCAAGAAAGACUUCGUUGAUGAUCAACUUUUAUAAGAGGAAAAAUCAGCUAUACGCGAAAUGGUAGUCACCGGUCAGCAAACUCAGAAAAAUAGAUUAACUGCUGAACUUGCAUUUGAGGGUUUCGAUGAGAUUAAACCCGAAAUGAAAAAGAAAACCUAUGAUAAACGUUUCUAUCGACAAACGAGUCUUGUAAGAGUGAAGUAAGUUAAAUUGAAACCAAAAUAAGUUACGAAAUCCCCUUAAGAGCUCUUCAUUUUCAGGCGACACCCAGAACACGACGCUACCUCUACACAAACUAAACUAUAAAAAAUCUGAAAAAGUAAAAGAACUUUCAAAUAACGAGUGCAGUC